AUGCCUGGUGGUCCAUACAUGAGCGGUGGGCUCGGAAGAUCAAGCGCUUAUAUUGACCAACGCACUCAAUCUGACCGUCAGAAUCUUCACGUCUACGAUAUGCCCUCUGGAUAUGUCAACCCUCGCUUGCAAAACCAGCAACAACCAGUUCCACAACGUCGUCCAUCAGUUACAUACCAACCGAGUCCUCAACCUCGUGGAUCAAGCCUUUACCAAAGUGGCGAUCGGCGAGGCAGCGGCUUCCAACAAACAUGCUUCGCAAACUCACCUGCGCCUAAGAGAUACACGGCCAACGGCUCAGGUUUAGGGUAUGAAACAGCCUAUUUCAAAGAGAAAGACUUCAGAUAG